CUGAUUGAUUGACUCCCAGCUACGGGAGCUUUUCCACAGCUCGACCACACACCAUCCACGAUACUAUCGGCGUUAAUAUUUUGGGAACGGAAUCAAAGGGGCGCCCCGAGUCCAUUUCACACUUGUGCCGAUUUUCAAUCGACCAGAUCGUGAGAGCUUCCGGCUCUCCUUGUCCGUCACUUGCUCGCAACCACCCACCGACUGCUUCGUCCAGACACAUCUCAGCAACGCCAAGAUGUCCUCCCCCUUCUCAAUAAACGGCGGCGCCUGCGUAGCGAUGGUCGGCAAAGACUGCGUCGCAAUAGCCUGCGACCUGCGCCUGGGCCUGCAAGCCCUGACGGUGUCCAACAACUUCCCCAAGAUCUUCCAGUACGGCGACCACGUCUUCCUCGGCCUGACGGGCCUCGCCACCGACGUCUCGACCGUGUCGGACCUCUUCCGCUACAAGGUCAACAUGUACCGCCUGCGCGAGGAGCGGCACAUCGCACCCCGCACUUUCGCCAACCUCGUCAGCAGCAGCCUGUACGAGAGGCGGUUCGGCCCCUAUUUUGUCUCGCCCGUCGUGGCCGGCCUGGAGCCCAAGACGGGCAAACCGUUCAUCUGCGGUUUCGACAGCAUCGGGUGCAUUGAUUUUGCAAAGGACUUUAUUGUAUCCGGGACGGCGACGGAGCAGUUAUUUGGCAUGUGCGAGAGUUUGUGGGAGCCGGACCUGGGCCCGGACGCGCUCUUCGAGACCAUCUCGCAGGCGCUCCUCAACGCUGUCGACCGCGACGCCCUCUCCGGCUGGGGCGCCCAUGUCUACAUCAUCGAGAAGAACAAGGUGACUAAGAGGUUGUUGAAGGGGCGGCAGGAUUAGGGGCAUUUGGUGGAUACAAUACAACGGACGAGACUUGCGCUUCCGCGACGAAGCCGGGCAUACGGGGCAUUGUAACUCUAAGCCAUUCUCAGAUACUGUUGUCGAGAGCUGCAAGACAGACCGCAUACACUGCUAUGAUUACAGAGCGAUCUGCACGUUUCGAGUUCAACAUAUACCACCGGUUCAAAUCGGUCAAUUUAUCUACUCCUACACAAGUCUACGUGUGUGUAUAUACGCUCUCCCUCUAUUGCUCCUUCUUCGCCUUGGGCAACCUGCGCG